AUGUCUAUCGAGCUCUCGAUCGUGCCACGGGCGCAUUGGCUGAGCCGCAUGCGCUCCUGCCUGCGCCUGCUCAUCAUCGUGCUCAGCGGCGCCGUCGUAUGCAUGCUCAUGCACUCGUUCGAAAUCUACCGCGGCAACCGGUACAUUGACCUGCGCAAAGGCGAGCUACCCAUGGUAUGGCCCGCACACACCAACCUCGCUCCCACCAUCAUCCUAUUCGCCAUUGCGGCCGCCAAUUUCCUCGCCUCGGUCGCCAUCCUGCUGCUGUCAUUUAAACGCUCGUUUCGCCGCCCGUUUCGCUCGAGAGAUGUAUACCGCAUUGUGGCGGGCAGCUUUGGCGUCAUCAUGUGGAUUACGGCCUUGGUCGUCUUCCAUCUGUUGGACAAGGCGAGCAAGGCUAGUCUGGGCCGGUACUCGUGCGAGCACCAGCAUAUGCUCAGCAACGGGCGUUAUCAGUACCGCGCCGUUUGCGAGGAGCAGGGCGUAGCCUUUUACACAGCCAUGGGCGCCGCAACCGCCGAAAUCCUCACACUCAUCACCCUCGCCAUCUCGGCCAUUCAAGCCGCAAAACACAAUGAGCUGGCGACACCCACCAUACAGAUUCGCGAGAAGAAUAAUUCCAUCAGCUCGGGCUCGCAGUUUCAAAAGCCUUUGAAUCGAUAA